AUGCGUCUUGUCUACAUCCUUGCUGCCACCAUUGCUGCUACGCUCUACUCCGAUGGCAGCGCAUUCACGACCACCAACUCGAAUCGCGCUGUGAUCUCCGAUGUGGACACCGCCUACCCUAUCGAUGGAACACAAGAGAGUGAUGGUCGAGCGUUGCGACCGGUGUCCGCGGAAGGCAGGAUUGAUGAAGAGCGGAGCUUUAUGGAUGUGUUGAAGUAUUUGAAGACGUCCAUUACGAAGCGAAUUCCUGGUACGGCUACAAACAAAAUGUACAAGGCUGGGAAUAAGCGGAAGAGAGAGAAUGAGCGAUUGAAGCGGGUGAGAUCCAACAUUCGGCAUGCAAUGAGCUAG